AUGAUGGAAUCUGUAAAUGUGACUGUGGAUGAUGAACCAAGUAAGAAGGAUGAUACCAAUAUGGAUGAAGAUGAUGAUGGUGCAGACACCCCAACUUCUCUCUCUCCUCACACACUCAUCACGUCAGACUUCACUCUCAUUCUUUCUCUCUCGAUACACAACAACUCCACAAGCACUCUCACCUUGGACUGCACAAAAUCACGCACGGCCGCAUGGGAACAGCGCGCCACCACCACGCCGGCCGCCACACCACCACUGUCCAGCCGUGCCUCUGGCUCUGCGGCUCUACAGGCUUAUGCUCAAACAGAAAUUGCCCAUAUAGACUUCCUUAGAAGCACUGUAAUCUUGGACGUGUGGGGAAUUUUUCACUGCUAUAUGUUGCUUCUACUGGGUGUUUAUUGCGUGAUGCUGGCUGCCCUUUAUUUUCCCCUCUGCUGCCUAGUGGUUUACAGGAAGCCAGGCUUGUGUUUUGGAUUAUUGGUAGCUGAUUGCAAUGGGACUUGCUGCUGCGGGUUGGUGUUGAGUCUACAACCAUUGAUGGUCGUGAAGAUAAUGGCGACGACUCAUUCUUGGGAGUUGAUGCUACGUGACGAGCCACUACCGGAUGAUGACUACACUUCUGAUGAAGAGGAAGAAGAUAAAGAGGAAGGGGCCAAGGAUAUGGUUGGGUUGUGAGACAUCCAUUUUUCUUUUGGGUUGAGAGUACCGAGUUUUGGAAGUACUGAACCAUUACUUUAUUUUAGUUGAGAUAGUUUAACUUGAUGUAAUUUACUUUGAAGUUUUCUUCCGGACAUUUAUUUCAUACUCUUUUCAAUGAUUAAUAAAGUUUGAGGUUUACGUUGA